AUGGCGACCGUACCCCUGUUGUUCUCUCCCUUGCUCUCCCAGACGUUUGACUCGACGCUGUCGUUGCAUUCACCCCCGCCGACUGUGCCGGACUGGAAGGAGGAUCCGAGCGACUCUACCGAGUUCGGCAGCGGCAACGGCAACGGCAACGGCAACGGCAACGGCAGGCUUGGAGGCGGGGUCGUGGGGAGCCAGCAGCACAAGUCGAUGGAAGCCUCGCUGUCCCCCUUCGAGCGGUUGCCACCCGAGUUGAUCGAAGCCAUCGCCUUUUCCGUCUGUCGUCAAUGCCCCGUGGGUGCACCUUCGUCGCUGCUGAGCGUGUUCCUGCUCAGCAAACGCUUCUACGAUGUACUGGGUCCUCGCAACGAGGGCUUCUACGCGGAUCUAUUCCGUCAGCGCUUCGACUGGCGAUCGGUCGAGAGACGAUGGGCAGCAGUAAGUACUCUUCUGCCCCACGUUGUACUUUACUGAAUCGUGUCUGAACUUUGCUCGCACUCUCUUACCAGAUGAAAACGAUUGAGGACAAGCGGGAAAAGAAGUCAGUGCUGCUCGAAUCGGCCACCGAAGCUCGCCCAGCGAACAACCUCAAGUUCACCGUCGGCUCCUUUACCCGGCCCAACUCGCCUUCCGAAUACCUCCUCGAAUCGACGUCGGUGUGGAGACCCCUCAUGAGCCGUGAUCUGGCCAAGGAACUCAAGCGGAGAUGCACGAUCCUCACAAGGAUGCGCUCCGCUGCCAUUACGGGGUCGAUCCCACCCUCGAGCUCUCGACCGUCCAGUCCCAGGAUGCAGGCCAUGGCUUCCUUCGAUGGUCCCGUCUUGACUGAACCGGACGAGCUGACCCAGAAUCUAUGGACUUGCUAUCUGAUGUUGCUCGAGAAUGGUCAGUCUGAGCGUGCAUACUCGGGAGGAUCAGUCUUUCCUGCCCGCUAAUGUCCGCGAAACUCCUGCUCUCUUAGAUGGAAAGAACCUCGCGCACCUCGUUGAAUACGGUCUGAUGCGCGACUACAUGCGACUCUUUUACGAACACUCGCUUUUUACAGAGGCGCUGAACCCGGGUUGGCCACGGCAGACUGCAGGACGAGCGCUCGGGCUAUGGAUCGGCUGGCUCGGCGGCGACGACCUCCGUGCGGAGACGCCCGCAGAAUCUGAGCAACGCUUCUUCGUCCUCAAGCCCUACGUUUUUGGUGCCCACAAGUUCGACGCCUUCCAUGUCCCCUGGACGAUUCCGACGCUCCCUGUAACGCGACAAUCACACCCCAUCGUCCCGCCACCGAUGGGCGCCUUCCUCGCCGAUUUACGCCCGCGCACCCACGCCCAAAUCAUCACCCACAUGGGUCGACGCAUCGAGAUGACCCCACCCGUCUUGGCCCACGCCGCCAUUUUCAGCUUCUUCUACCGCGUCGAGCAAGAUCCGUCACAGGUCUCGGCCGACGUCGUCAACCCAGCCGCAGCUGGGGCCCCACCUCGUUUCCAGCUGCAGAUGAACACCAACGCUCCGACGGCCACCACUGCUGCCGGGGGCGCGGCAACUUUUUCGAGUCGACCCGUCAAAACCGAACUACCUACGCUCGUGUCCAGAUUCCAUGACCGCGAUUUCGCUCGACUCGCCUCGUGCAUCGAUCCUUAUUCGUCGCGAGGGCUACCGACGUUGUGCACCCGAGGCGACCUGGCCGGCUCUUGGGAAGGCCGGUUCUCCUUUUUCGACUUUGAUUCCUAUCGCGAGAUGCUGGGAGGUCGGAUGCGAUCCUUGUACGAAGGACCGUUUGGGGAUCAGCCGCAGGUGUGGAAGAUUGAAGAGACGAUCGUCAAGUUGGGAGCGGGGCAACGUCAGGGUGGCAAAGGACCGAUCUUGAAUGCGGGUUACGAAAUUGGGCAAUUUGGUCCGUUGAGGAGAUCGCAGAGUCUUGAUCGAGGAGCGCCGGCGAUGACUUCGGGAGCUGCGAGUUCAGGAGGAGGGGCGAUGUUGGCCCGUCGAGUGAGUGAGGAUGCGGCACGCCAAUCGAGGACCGACUCGUCGAGCACGAGGGGGAGCAAACGACCUCGGAGUAUUGUCGAAGAGCCGAUCGAAUGGGAAGAAGAUCGAGAGGCCGAAGAUGAGGAUGGUGAUUACGAGAUCUUGUUGUCCGGUUCGGUGAGCCGUGACAGGAUUGACCUGUCCUCGUGUGAAACUCGAUAUUGACUUUUCUGUCGAAACAGGGUCAUUCGGCAUGGGGUCAAUUCAACCUCAAAGGACGCGUGCGGUCCUACGACGGCAUGUUCUCCAUUACGAAAGAGUACACCCCCGAUUCAAGGGGGAGAUGGCUCUAUCGAGGGUACUGCGUAGGUGGUAACCUCGUUGGAAGGUGGAGGGAUACCCAUACGCCGACUAAUAUGUCUGGUUAUGAAGGUCAGUAGGACUCGCGACCAAGCUUACCCGUAUCGACAUCCUGGCUGACACCUCUGUCUUGUACUUCUCCACCCCAGGAACAUUCUUGGUAGGGUUUUUGUUGAUACCAUGUCAUCCAAACAGGCCUGAUCGGACUGACCUAAUCCCUAUUUCGAUGAACAGAUGACUCGUCGAGGUUGA